AUGAUGAGGAGAUACACAAAGCAAAGAAACUUGGUAAAACCUGCUAAGACAAGAUUCGCAACAGCUUUUUUGACAUUGCAUAGUUUUUAUAUGCAAAAGAAAAAUCUGAGAACCUUGUUUAUGUCCACUGAAUGGAAUGAGAGUGUCUAUGCAAAGGAAACUCUUGGGAAAGAAGUUGCGAGACACAUCAUCAGUCCAUAUUUUUGGAAUGACACUGUUCAAGCACUUAGAGUUGGUGGUCCUUUAAUUAAUGUACUUCGUAUGGUGGAUGGGGAGAAAAAACCACCAAUGGGCUACAUUUAUGAAGCCAUGGAUAGGGCCAAAGAAAGUAUUGAAAAGGCAUUCAAUUAUGAUGACAGGAAAUAUAUGAAUGUUUUCAAAAUCAUUGAUGCAAGGUGGACGGAUCAACUUCAUCAACCUUUACAUGCAGGUGGACAUAUUUUGAACCCGGGGCUCUAUUAUAAAAAUAAUGAGAUGAAGACUUUAACUGAAGAAGUGUGGUUGGGAUAUUAUGCAUGUGUUGAGAGGAUGAUCCUAGAUAAAACUUUGCAAGACAAAAUAGGGGAUGAGCUUGGUGUGUACAUGAAAGCUGAUGGGCUACUUGGAAUUGAGUCGGCCAUUAGAGCUAGAACCUUAAGGUCACCAGUUGAAUGGUGGAUGCAAUAUGGUCAUAAUGUCCCAAACUUGCAACAAUUUGCUAUUAGAGUGCAAAGUUUAACUUGUAGCUCAUCCGGUUGCGAGAGAAAUUGGAGCGUGUAUGAACAUAUUCAUACAAAAAAGAGAAACAGACUUGAGUUAAAACGCCUGAAUGAUCUAGUGUUCAUCAAAUAUAAUAGAACAUUGGUGCGUCGCUACAAUGCUCGCAAUACCAUUGAUCCAAUUUUAUUGGAUAAUAUUGAUGAUGCAAAUGAAUGGUUAACUGGAGCACCCCAAAAUCAUGAAGAUGAAGAAGUAUAUGAAGGAGAAGGUCUCACUUAUGGUGAAGUUGCUACGGCUAGUGGUGUAGAGGAGAAUAUUUAUGGUUUUAGAGGGAGUACUUUAAGGGGCAAGGAAAAAAGAGUAGCUACAGGUUCAAGUUCAUGUUCAAAAUCAAAUAGAAGUAGAACUCUUGUUGAUGAGUCCUCCGAUGAGGAAGAAGAUGAGGACCAAGUAGAAGUAGAACCCUUGUUGAUGGCACUUCAAGAGUUGGAGGAUCUUGUUGAAGAAUAG